GUGUUUACAAACACCACCGUUGGGUGUGACGGAACGCAUGGGGCAAACAUAGCAAAGCACCAACCUGGCACUGGGCAAGACAAAGAGUAUUAUAUAUUCUUGGAGUUAUCGAUCGGCUGUCUGUCCAAACAGGAGGGUAAACCAGUGAUUCGCACGCCAGUUCUGAGGCUUUAGAGAAACCUACCAAGGUUUUCCUGAAAGAGCGGAGGCUUCUGAGGUUGCACAAGAUUCAGUAGUCCCGCCCAGAGGUUACUGUGGUAAUAUAGCUUGGAAACAGCUGUGUGUUCUUCCUGCAAAAAAACUCCCACCAUCUCCUAGUUACAGGGAAGUUGUGUGACUGCCCCACCUCCAGCAGUCUGGAGGACUCUCCCAGUUCUCCCAUAUCCUUGCCUGCCUGUGGAGCUGCUGCAUUUUUUUCAGUGCUGCAUCUUGAAUCCACACUCUGUAAUGGCCCACCAUGCUUGACUUCCUAUCUGUAAAGCAGCAGAGCAGCACUAGAAUGCAGGCCCCCAUUGUUUCGGCUAGUGACUGCUCACUUUUCCUCUGCUCCUUUAAGAAAAGCAAGGCAGCCGUCAGGCUGAAAGAGGAUAUGAAGAAGGUGGUCUCGCGGCCUGUUAGAGGACAGCCCCCCAUACAAGGCAAGAAAGUGUUUGGUGUGCAACUUACGGAUCUACACCUAAAUGGAUUAGUGACUGAAGGCAUCCCAACUUUGGUAUGGAACAUAGUGGAGUAUUUACGCACCACAGGAAUGGACCAAGAGGGACUUUUCAGGGUUAAUGGAAAUGUAAAAUUGGUUGAACAACUUAAGCUUAAGUAUGAAAGCACAGAGGAGCUGAUACUGGGAGAAGAAACGGAUGUUCAUUCUGCCGCUAGUCUCCUUAAGCUUUUUCUCCGGGAGAUGCCAGAUGGUGUGAUUACUGCUGCAUUACUUCCCAAGUUUUUUGAGAGUUACCAAAGCUGCGUAAGUGACCCACAAGGCGACAACAGUUUAAAGGGCCUACUUAAGCAACUGCCUGACUCACACUACAAUCUAUUGAAGUAUCUGUGUCAUUUUCUGACCCAGGUGGUUGAGCACUGUGGGGAAAACCGAAUGAAUGUUCAUAAUCUAGCCACUGUGUUUGGACCUAGCUGCUUCCAUGUGACUCCAGGGCCAGAAUGUAUGAGGCAGCAGAAUAUAUGUAACAAGAUCAUGGAGAGGCUGCUAGAAGAUUAUACAGAAUUAUUUGAGUGUGAGAGCAUGGGAAAAGAUCAGCUACUAGAAGACACGGCAGGAAUUAUUACAGUGAAAGAAUAUAAUCCGGACCAAACUUUUCACACUCUGCAUGUUGACGAAAGAGAAACUCCUCAUUCCCCACGGAUAAAGGAAUGCAAUGCCGAUUGGAAUACUUCUCCCAGGUGCUUUAACGAUAGAGGAGUUUCUCUCAAAUCCCCAAGUGCAAAGGAACAUAAUUUGGAUCAGCCACAUUUUUCAGCACUUUCAAAAGAAAGAGAGGUUCCUUGUCAGUCUCCAUGGCCAAAGAAAUAUUGUGUGGAUCAGACUAACUCUCCAGUGUGUCUAGAGACAAGGGAGGUUCCUUAUCAGUCUCCACGGUCAAAGGAAAAUACUAAUGCAAUCUCCAAGGAACCAACAUACAGUGGAUUUGAUAAGCCUAAACCUUCUCCAAGAAGAAAGGAAGAUUCUCUAGAUGCAGUAGUCAAAGAAGCAAAGAAUGGUGGAUUUGAAAAACCUAAACUUUCUCCAAACAGAGAGGAAGACGUUCUGGAAGUUAUGGUAAAAGAAACAAAGAAUGGGGAACUAGCGAAGCCUAAAACAUCCCCAAGAACUAAGGAAUUUGUUCUGGGUGGAACAGCCAAUGAAACAAAGAAUGAGGAAAUCGAUAAACCUAAAACUUCUCCAAGACCUAAGAAAUUUCUUGUGGACGGAAUAGCAAAGGAAACAAAGUACGAGGGAUUUGAUAAGCCUAAAACUUCUCCCAGAACUAAGGAAAAUGUAUUGGUUUUAAUAGGCAAGGAAACCACAAAUGGGGCACUCAGUAAGCCUAAAACGUCUCCUAGAAGACAGAUAAAUGAUGAAGACAAUGAAGAACCUAGUUUUUCACCAAGGACAAAGCUUAAGCCUAAGAGCAAGACCCUGCUUCAGGAAUUCUCUGUGCCUACGCCAAAAACAUCAGAUGGCAAACCUCAACCCAGCCUUCAUGUGAGACCUCGAAUUGACUUCUCUGAGGACAUGGACUUGUUAGAUCGCCUUUCUUUUGUAAACAGCAGUACAGACUCUCUGCACAGCUCUCAGGAUGAUGAACGCCCCAUGUCACCCUUUUACGUGAGUGGUCACGUGACUCAAGUCAACGUUCCUGCUGACCGAGAAUUUCUGGAGAGGACUAUUAGAACAGCAGUGGAACAGCAUCUUUUUGAUGUACUUAGUGGUGGAGCCCAAAGUUCUGAAGAAUCUGAGUCUGGCACAUCAUCACCAUCUACCAGCGUGUCUGCCAGACAGAGGAGGAGGCAUUUGAAAGAACAAGAGGAAAUCCGGAAAAAACCCAGAGACAUGGAAGUAAUAAACAAGGAAAACAUCCCCUCAGGUUGUGGGAGUUUGGAUGCUUGUGGCCUUGCACAAGAAGAAGAGAAGCUCCAGGAAAAUUGCUCUGGGUAUAUUGAGGAAAGGAGCAAACCAAAAAGGCAAAAAUCAAGUAGCAAGCUUUCAGAGCUCAAUGAUAAUCAAGAUAGCCCACUGAGUACAGAAAACUUUCUUACAUCAAGAAGUGUAGAUAUACAAGAGCCUACUGGCAUGGAAGUAUUGUCAGAAGCAAGCAGCAAAGAAAUGGAGAGUGACCAAGAAUAUUCAAGGAUAUCCUCGCCAGCAAAAAUGAAAAUUCAGGAACAAAAGAGUAAUUCUGAAUCAAGACCGCAAAGAAGGCUAGAGGCUGAAGAGAGCUUUGUUCCUGAGGUGCCUCGGCUGGAUCUCGCUUCACUGUGUGAUGACAAUAACUGGGAAGAACCAGUCCCAGCCCUGACCUCUUGGGAGCAAGGUGGAAGAGACUCAGAUGAGGCACGGUUGUCUCCUCAGGCAGGACGCCUUAUUCGCCAACUUCUUGAAGCUGACAGUGACCCUAUGUUGUCUCCUCGUUUUUAUGCCUAUGGCCACAGUCAACAGUAUCUUGACGACCCUGAAGUGCCCCCUUCGCCUCCAAAUGCACAUUCUUUUAUGAGCAGGAGGCGCAGCUCUUCAUUGGGCUCACAUGAAGAAGAUCGAGAUGAGGACCUUACACCAGCGCAGCUCACCCGCAAAAUCCAGAGCCUCAAAAAGAAAAUCCGCAAGUUUGAAGAUAGAUUUGAGGAGGACCGAAAAUACAGACCAUCUCAUCGGGACAAAGCUACAAACCCUGAAGUAUUUAAAUGGAUGAAUGAACUGGCAAAGUUCCGGAAGCAGCUGAAAGAUACAAAAAUCAAGCUACCCGAAGAAGACCUUGUUCCGCAGAUGCGCCAGAGAAGCAAUACACUCCCAAAAAGUUUUGGCUCUCAGCUUGACAGAGAGGAGGAGAAGAAACCAGAGACGGUAGAAAAGCCUGCCAAGCCUUCGAUAGAAGCAACAAUGGAGACUAUCCAAAAAAAGCUUCAGGAAAAAAGGAGCGAAGUCAAUCGACCUGAAGACGUAAAGGAUAUGACUAGAGAUCAGAUUGCUGCUGAGAAAGUGUCUCUCCAGAAAGCCUUACUUUACUAUGAAAGUAUUCACGGCAGGCCGGUAACCAAAAAUGAGAGACAAGUAAUGAAACCAUUGUAUGACAGAUACAGACUUUUUAAGCAAAUUCUAUGUCGAGCAAACACUAUCCCAGUCAUUGGAUCACCCUCAAGCAAGCGGAGAAGCCCUUUGCUGCAGCCAAUUAUCGAGGGUCAAACAGCAUCCUUCUUCCCGGAGGAAGAAGAGGAGGGAUCUGAAGAUGACAGCAAUGGCAACACAGAUUUUACAGUUACAAUGAAGCCUGGUUUCAGUGUGAGAACGUUUUUGGAGCAGCUAGAAGAUGAUGCAGAUGGCUUUGUGUCUCCAGUGGAUGACAAAUUUCCUUCUAAAAGCAGCCAAGAUCUCGGACUCGGCAACCUUCAUUCUGCAUCAAUCCCAGAGCUCUUAGAGCAGCUACAAGAAGCAAGGGAAGAAAAAAAGAGGAUCAGAAAAGUACUGAGAGAUUUUGAAGAUAAUUUUCUGAAGCAAAAUGGAAGGAAUGUGCAAAAAGAAGACCGCAACCCUGUGGCUGAAGACUACAUUGAGUACAAGCACAUAAAAGCCAAACUUCGUCUGUUGGAAGUCCUAAUAAACAAGAGGGGUGUUUCCCAGACCAUGUGAUUUAGUGAGCGAACUUUCCAAAUGAAAACCGUGUACGUCCCAAGGCUGCACUGCAUUGUGUUCUAGACAGAGAAUUGUGCGUCUCUGUUGAACACCAAAACCUGCUUCAUCCUAAAGGGAGCAUCCUUUCUCCUGCUCAAGAAUGUCUGUGUGUCUUAUUUCACCACAAAGUCUUGCUAUGCAAGGAGGCUGUGUCUUUCUAUCCCCUGUUCACCAUAAUUGUGCAUUUUUUUGGAACCUAUCAUAAUUGCCUCUUGAACUGGGUACCACUUUGACUGAGUGGAUAUAUGGGUAAGAACUUAAUGGUCCAUGAAGCACUUGACUGCCCAUAGCAGAAAAAAGGGGACCAAAUAAGUCGGACCUAUUUAACAACUCAUUUUAACUGCUUUAAUAUGUGAUGCAGUGUAAAUGUAACUGAAAGCUACAAUCUGUGCAUGGAGAAAACCUGUCCAAAGGAUGAAGCUAAGCAUUAUGUUUGUCCUUAUAAGGACUGCUACCAUGAUUAUGUAUGUACUGCUUGGAUAACAAGCCAUUAUUUGUCCAGUGGCCUUUAUAGUCACAGCUCAGCCACUGUAUGGACUGGCAUUUCUUUAAUCUGUUCUGAUUUCAUUUUGCACUGAUGAACAGCAGGGCUAGACCUUGUUCUUCUCUAUUAUAACACAAAGACGUUAAAUGUGGGCUGCUAUAUUUGGCACACAUAUCCAUUAUAAUCUACUGUCCACUUUAACACUACUGGACCUUGGGCAUAAGGAUGCCUACAUUAUCAGACUGGAAUGCUUGGCCUUCAAUUUUAAAUUAUCAAGACCGUUUCACAUCCUCAAUCCUUGCCCUUUCAGGGGAAAAUCUUGUAUUGUUGGCCUCCCUUUGGAUCACAUCUGAAAAAUAAAAUAUGGGGCUACAGAUCAUUCUUAAUAACCAGGGGGGAAAAACAUUUUAAGCAGCCUCUGGACUUUUCAUCUAUGGCAUCUUAUGGACCAUUUUUAAAAAUCCAAGUGAUCUUUCUAGAUCUUGCUAACCCUUCAAUCAAACAAUAGAUUAUGAUUGUUAAUAUACUGUAGGCCUUGGGUUACAUGUGUGCAAAAAUUCCCCCUCUCCCCUUCCCCAUUUUGCAGCAUGCACUUUCUUUUUAAAAUAUGUGAUGCUUCUUAUAGAGAUAGAGAUAUAUAUAUAUAUAUAUAUAUAUAUAUAUAUAUAUAUAUAUAUAUAUAUAUAUAUAUAUAUAUAUAUAUAUAUAUAUAUUAUAGUGUCCCACCUCUUGUGAUCCUUGAACACAGCCUGUGGGUGGAUAUUUUGCUUUUCAUGCCAAUCCCUGUGCCUAUUUUUAACCACUGUUAGUUAAUUUGGACUUGGCUUUUGAAGCUGCCCUGCAGUGCAGAUGCAGAAUGUGGUCAUUAGUCCACCGGUGUUGCGGCUACUGAAAUCUAUAAAAUGGCUUUAUAAUAAAUGGUACUUGAUGAUUCUCAUUUCUGCUAUAAAUGGUACAUUAAUAUACAUUGCUGUUUGAGUGGUCCAUAUUCUGAAGAUACUGCUUCAUGGUCACCAAUUUAACCUUUAUUCAGAUGUAUUUUGCUGUUCUUUUCAGGCCCUUAAAAUAUUUCAUCAAUAUUUCCCCUGGCUGUUCUACAUCUGUUGAGCAUCCAUAUAAUCUAGUUAUUACAUAAUAAGUAAAUAUUUUAUAUUACACGCUUGAAAGAAUUGUUGGCAAUAGUUUUUGCAUUUUCUGUUAGUGCUGUAGUUUUGAUUUAUUUUUGUAUACCUGCUUGUAAUUUGCACAAGUGCAUAGAGCUUAUUAUGCUUUUCUAUAUACAGCAACCCAGUGCAGCUAAAUGAAUAGCUCCCAGUACCCACAGUGGAGUUUGCCAUUCCUACUUUAAUACUGGGGCAUGGGCAUAACUGCAGCCAGAGAUUACCGUAAGGGAAUUGUUGAAUGAUCUGCUAGGGCAUGCUGUUAAAGAUACAAGUAACUGAAGAGUUGCACAGUAGCCUUGUCAAGAAAAAAAAAUGACACCAUGCUAUUUUUUGUGAAGUUUCCCUUUAAAUCUUUUCAAAACCAUUUUUGAAGGAGUGUGUUUCUGAUGAUGCACUACAGAAUAAUGUAUUAUGCAUUAUUUAUGAAUAAUGUAUUACUUAUUGUAAGAUAUAUUGUCUCCAAUGAGUUUAAUGACCAUAUAAAUACACAAGGCCAUAAUCCAUAAAAUACCAAGAAAAUGGGUUACAAUUCGAUAUUAUGAGAAA